UGUGAAUUGAAAACAAACUGGCGGGAUGAUGCUUUUUCAAGGUUGUUUAUUUCCUCGUGAUAAUGACAUUUUAUGGUGAAUAAGGUCACUUUAGGCACUGUAAUGGACAUCAUUGCAGUCACUCCUGUAACAAAGAACCUUCGUAGGUUCCUCAUCUCGGGGAUUACUAACGAAGAAGAGGUGUAUGCUCUUCGAAGAAGCAUAGAGUCUUUGGGCGGCACGAUAGAGGACCGCUCCAAGAACAAAUUCACAUCGUUGUGUACGCAUGUUAUUGCCAAAGAAGUAUGUGCUACCGAAAAAGUUCUCGGUGCUCUUGCAGGAGGGAAGUGGUUGUUACAGCCUGCAUAUGUCAAAGCGAGUCUUGACCAAGGUCGGUGGGUCAAGGAGAAUGCUUACGAGUUAAAACACCAUGGUGAAGUGGCCAAGUAUUGCCGGCAGUGGAAGGAGAAACGUGGAUCUGGAAUUUACUCAGGAUGGACUGUAUACAUUGAGUUGGAAAAUCCAAGAAUGACAAAAGCAUUUCAGAGGAUUGUAGCAGCUGGGGGUGCUGAAGGGGUUUCCAUGUCUGAAAUAUCAAAAGUGGAUUUGGUGAUCAGUGAGAAAGCAAUUUGUCCCACAAUCAGGGAACUAGUAGGUGUCACUCCAAUUGUCAGUAUUACUUACAUCAAGGACACUCUGAUACUGAAAACUAAUCCAUCAGACCUGAGGGACUAUCUACUGGACAAGAAAAGCAAAAGCUGUUUACCCAACAAAAACAGUGGUGCAGAUAUCCAAGUACUUCGCUGUGAUUCCAGUCUAACGAAACGACCAAUAUUUGAGGUCCCAAUUAAUAAUAACAAAAAGUUGUGCACUCGACCAAAGAUUCAUUCUGCAUUGUCUUACCAGCAGACAAGUUUGGACCGUUAUGUGAAAAAGUCUCCUAGAAAUUCAUUGUCUUCCAUCUGCCCAGUCAGCCAGGUAUCGUCUAAACCUCAAAAUCGGAAAUACCAACACUUCCCGUUCACUCCAGAAAAGCAUUCAACCAGUAUUAAAUAUUUUGCUGGAAAUCAGAUCAGGGGGGGCUCUGAGAAAUAUUGGACAAAAUGAAACACAAAGGGAAAAUAAAAAAAUGGUGGAAACUGACAAUGAAGUAGAAAUUGUCAAAGAGAUCAAGAACAUUUGUGAACCACUGAGAGCACCGGUAAAUGUAUUGUUGAAAAGUGAACAAGAAAUGAUGAAGAAGAAGAUGAAAGAACGAAUAGAAAAGGUGAAAAAUGAAAAGAUGAAAGAAAAUGAAAUUUGUAAUAGAAGUUCAAGUGUGUACAAUGUGUCAGAAGCAUAAAUCAAUUUCAAAUUCAGGAGGUAAGAAUGACUCCAGAACUACAGAGGUGUAUAUGAGGAACUUGUCUGGCACAAGUCCUCAUACACAUAAAAUUGCAUCUAAACAAGUACAUCUUUUGCCUAGAAUGGCUUGCGAAAGAGGUUCGUGUUAAUAUUGGCCCCAAAAUUGAUAGAUGGUUGGAUGUCUCUGAGGACUUGAAAAAAUCACCCAUCACCAGCAAGGAUAUUUGUUAUUAAACCAGGUCCAGUCAUUAAAAAAUCCAGGGAAUCCUCUGUUCAUGAGCUGAAGCUGACUAAAGAUGACUUAGAGAGAUUUAUUGUACAAUUUGUAAGAAGUAAAACUUACAAUGAUUUUUAUUGUGGUAAUGUUACCCAGUCGGCCAGUGACUUGAGAGCGUCUCAAGGUGUGAAUCGGGUGCACAUUAGUGAACAAUUCGACAGUGAACAAAUGUUUUUUUCCCCUUCUCGUACUAUUUGCUCUCCAGAAAUUAGAGAACUGUGAUCCAGGAAACUUCAUAUUAUGAGUCGAGUGUGUAGAAUCAAGAUACGAUGGGAGUGAUAUUAUGACCACAAAUGAACAAGAAAUUAUUGUACAGGGGCUGGAGUCUUUGUACUUGAACAUCACACCUUAUGCUUGACCACAUGAUGAACUGUUUGGAGAACUUCUGAAGAAAUUAGUU